GCGGAGUUGAAUGCCUGCGUUGGCAGGAGGCGCUGCGCCUGGGAGGGUCUCCAGGCGCGCGGGACCCGCAGAGUGCUGCGCCGCUGUCCCAGCCGCAGUAUUUAUCCCCAGCGGCUCUUUGUUGCCGGAAGAGCCGCCUGCUCUUAGCCCGCCCCCCCCCGCCCGGAGGCCACGUGGCUUUGUUUAUGGGCUCUGCUUGUUUUCCGAGGCGCCCGCGGCUCCCGCUCCUCCGGCUGUUGCACAACCGCGCGCGGGUGGAAACUUGAAGCCGCGCGGCGAGGCCGGGGCUCCCGCUGCCCCUCCGCGUCUGUCCCCUCCGCGCUCCCUCCCCGCCCCCAGGAGACGCAGCUGCCACCGCCGGGAGAGCAAGGCCCGGCGCUCCGGAAGCCGCGUCCCAUCCUCCCGUAGCUCCGGGGCUGGCGAGAAUGCAAACUUCAUGAUAGCUAGUCCGUCUUGUCUGCGCGGCAUCCCAGCACCUUGCCCGACCCGGAGUAGACAGCUGUUCAGUAACUAUUUGCUGUGUGAAUAGGUAAAUGGAUGUGGGAGGCUGCUGGCACCAGCGUAGCGUCUUGCCCUUCAUGACUUCUAGUUAUGAUGCUCCACGUUCUGAGCCAUUUGGCAAUCAGAUUGGACAGAGCAAUCACAGCAGAAUGAAAAUUCCAUGCUCAAGAAUUAGCUUCCAAGUGGAUUCGUCCAUAUUCCUUCUUCUGCAGCCACCAGAAUCUUCCAUUCCACUGACUCUGUGCCAUCUUUAAGGCUCAGAGUAGACAAAGAAAUUGUGCAUGUCUUGGGAGGGUAUAUGUUGGAAGAGGAAGAUGUUUUUUCAUAAAAUCUGUUUUCAAGUAACCAGGUUUAAUAAUCACUAGUUACACGUCAGUAAGCUACAUUUCUGUAGAAGCCACAGAAGGCAGGCAAUUUGGAUUUUUUUUUUUUUAAGAUUUUUAUUGGGGAAUUGGGGGAUGGGAACA